GGCCCCGGAGAGCGGCGGGGCUAUUCAGCUUCCCGGGCGGGCGGCCGUCGGUCACGGCGAGCGGGAUGGCGGCGGCGGGCGGUGCGGACAAGGAGCCGGAGCUGGAGCCGGAGCCGCCUCGCCGAGGCCCGGCCGAGGGCGAGGAGGCGGCGGCGGCCGAGCUGGCUGCCGAGCUGUCGGCACGGCGCAGCGCGGAGGCCCGGCGGCUGGUGCUGUCCCCGCGGCGGCUGUGGGGCCCGCUGCCCGCCGGGCUGUCGCAGUGGUUCCCGGCGCUGGAGGUGCUGGACGUGAGCGGGACGGGGCUGGCGGAGCUGGGCGACGAGCUGCUGGCCCUGCCGCGCCUGCACACGUUGCUGGCCAAGAACAACCGGCUGGGCGGGCCCGGCUCGCUGCCCAAGGCGCUGGGGCAGGCCCCGCUGGGCCGAUCCCUGCGAGUCCUCAACCUCAGCGGCAACCGCUUCGCCGAGCUGCCGCCCGCCCUGCUGGGCCUCCGCGGGUUACAGAGCCUCAGCCUCGGCGGCAACCGGCUGCACGGCAUCCCGCCCGACAUCCAGGAGCUCCGCAGCUUGGAGUUUCUGUACCUCGGAGGGAAUUUCAUUACUUCAAUUCCACCUGAGUUAGCAAACCUGCCUUCUCUGAGCUCUCUAGUGCUGUGUGACAACAAGAUUCAGAGCAUUCCACCUCAGCUGGCACAGCUGCAUUCCUUGCGUUCCCUCAGCCUGCACAACAACCUCCUGACUUACCUCCCUCGAGAGAUUCUUAACCUGGUUCACCUGGAGGAGCUGAGUUUGCGAGGGAACCCUCUGGUGGUUCGCUUUGUCCGUGACCUGACCUACAACCCCCCAAGCCUUCAAGAACUGGCAGGACGCACAAUUAAAACUCGCAAUGUUCCCUAUGCUCCCAGUGAUCUCCCAGAGAAUCUUGUCCGCUAUCUGAGCUUGGCCAGCAACUGUCCCAACCCUAAAUGUGGGGGUGUCUACUUUGACAGCUGUGUCAGACAAAUCAAGUUUGUUGACUUCUGUGGGAAGUACCGCAUCCCGCUGAUGCACUACCUGUGCUCCCCGGAGUGCUCCUCGCCCUGCAGCUCUGCCUCCCAGAGCUCCACUUCCCAGAGUGAAUCUGACUCCGAGGACGAAGCCAGCGUUGCUGCACGCAGGAUGCAGAAAGUCCUUCUGGGAUAACAGAGAACAAAACAGGAAGAGCAGAAGGAAAAGUGUUUGAAAAGUAAUCAUGGGACAGCAAAGCAUGAGCCCUUGGCCAGAAGGGCUCACAAGAAACUUUCCUCAAGUCCUUGUAGAGGGCAGAGCACCUUAGCAAGCCUCGGCUUGCUUGCUGUAGCGCUACUUAGGAGAACUAACUCAGUGGAUACUGCCUGUAGGGCACCUGGGGUUGUUAGAGAUGUCUGCUGUCUGGGUGACCCCCUCAUGUGGGCUGGGGAGGGGCUUCAUCCUGACUGGCAGGUCAAGAAGCGUUUAAUAUGUGACACUUCACAGGACUUCAGUCAUCCUACAGAGCAAAGGAAGCUGGCCAGAUCUUUGAACACUGUGGUAAAUCAGGAACAGGCUAAUGAUGCCAUAUGGGUAUGCAUGGAUCCCAAUGUUUUGUAUAGCGUUUUGAUUCUUUAUUGUCUCCUUUGAUUUCAGUUACAGAUCUUGAACCCAUCCACCGAAUACGGGAGCUGGAUAUUUUUGUCAUUGUUCAGGAGUAGAUUUUCCAAACUCUGGUUACUGCUCCUUUGCCUGGAGACACAGGGUCUCUGUGCUGCUGCAGGUAUUACAGCCAUAGAACUGAGCCGCCUUUUUUCUCCUUCAUUACACCAGGCUGUCCUUAGUGCUUCCUCCUAACGGUAUUCCUUUUUAUUUUAAUUCCUUCUGCCUCUUCCCAUUACACUUGGAGUGCUGCUUUUUUCUGAUGCCUUCAGAAGAUGGAUCAGUUGUUCUGUUGAGACUUGAGAUUGUUAUCUCGGACCUGUGGCCAUGUGUGCCUGUGCGUGGGACCAGAUGUGAUGCGCUCCAUCAUAUGUUUGGGUCUCAGCUUGAUGAAGCAAAUCUACUUUCAUAUCUGAACUACAGGAAAGGUCUUAAUUGGUGUUUCCUGUCCUUAAGCGACCAUGCUUCUGUGCUGCAGCAGCUAGCUCUCCUAUGCUUGCUGCAGCGCUACCAUCUAUCUUUAAGCUCAUCUAUUUAAAGCAGAGAGCACCUUAGUGAAUUGGAAGUGCUGAGAGGCGUACUGCAGAGAGCAGUUUUUGGAUAUAUGUAUUCUUUUCUUGCCUUAACACAGAGGAAAAGCCAGUACAAAAAAACAUAACACACCUUGUCUGUUUGUCUUGCUGGGGGUGGUUUUGAAGCCCCUUCCUUACGUGCAUUUGCUCUUGCUGUGAUAGAGGAGUCAGGGUGUCGGACUGUCCAAGUAAUACAUUCGCUUACCUGAAGCUAUGCUUAAAGGAAAGCCACAGAAAAAUUGUGAGUUUUUAAGUGUAACACCUGUUGGUGUUUUGCUUAGUGAGAGCUGCCCGUCUCAGUAUUUCCAGCAGACAGUCCUUUGGUUGCAGUCUCAGUACAGCAAAUCCAGCUGUGCCUUGGAUGCAUGAGCAGAGCAAAUAUUUCAUGUUAAGAAACAAAAUGAACAAGCACAACUUUACUUAACACACUUUGGUCCUAAGGGGGUAAUUAAAAACCUGUGCUUCUCUCUUGCGUUCGGAAAACACAUGUGCCUGUUAGGAUAUCUUAUGGCAGCUCUGUGUUAAUGGUCUUGUUUAAUUAUGCUUGACACUUUAUUAAAGCACUUUGAUAAUUCUCCUCUUUGUAAUUAGCUUUAGCGGUUUAUUUUUUUUAAGCUACAAUUUUCCUUUUAAUGUGACCUGACAAACAAGGUCUGUGAAACUUUAUACAUUCCAGUCUGUCUCAGUGUGCAGGUUUAACUUCUUGCUUUGCACUUCCUCGACAGUACUGAUUGCUUCCUUGGUUGCCUUUGCAGAGGACUUGAAUUUAAAAGAAAUUAUCUGCUUAUUAACUAUUGCAACAUACUCUAAAUCCUGCAACCAACGAGUACAUGAGGAAUUGAAUCACUCACGCUCUUUGUCUCUCCCAGUCAUUUUCACAAGGGUAUCUUUAAGACAGGUGCAUGUACAAAGCAACUGGGUAUCACUCGGGGAAAUUCUGUGAGGUUUGCUUAGAAGGAAAACCCCCCAGUUUUGAGAAGAAAACAACUGCACACUGUUGGUGAAAUAGGGAUCGGUGAGUGGCCGAUGGCUCCUUCAUCUCUUCUUUCGGAUGCUUCUUCCUGUCCUGAUUGAAUCUUGUCGUGUGCUGUCAUGCUAAAUGGCAGUAAAUUGAUUGCAGAGCCACAAUUUUAAGUUCACUGUUAUUUUUUGCCAGUUAAAGUGAAUGACAUAAGGUGAGAUUUCAAGAUCUUUUGAGCUCAGGGCUGUGGAGUACUGCCUGCCUUUCUUCUCUUGAGUAGCAGCUCUCUUGAAGUGAUGUAUUUUUCAUUGGACAAAAUUAGAUCCCACAGCCACUUUGCUGCCACAGUUCCUGUUUGCACGGUAACACCUAUGUGUGUGACAGGCCAAGAUGAGUGGUGGCUGCUUCUCAUUUAGCUCCUUCCUCAGGUGCAUUUUCUUGCCUAACCAAACAAGCAGCCCAUCUCUACCCCAUUCUAAUAGUGCUAAUAGACUAAUCUGUUUUUAUAGCUGCUUUACCGUAGCCAGGUCAAAAGUUGACAACUUAUGCAAUGGAUAUCUAUACGUUUUAGACUUGAUAUAAUGUCUCUUUAAAAAACAAACAAAAAAAAAACAUUAUAUAUAUUUGUGAAUAUAGCUAAUGAUUUUUCUUUGUGCUGCUGGGAUUUUAAGUGCAAUUCAAGUAAGUCAGAAUUUGGAACAAUCAGGGACUUGUAAGAGAUGUGACUUGUUAGUCGUUUUUGCCGUGGAGGUGGAUGUGAGUGCUAGGGAUACAGGUUGGUACUUACAGUGCCUAACAUACUGAGCCCCCCAGAAAACAAGAUAUUCAGCAUUUUUAACCCCUGAAGACUGGAAAAGGUACUGGACAAUAAAGUAAGUAAGAAGAAACUUGAAUAUUUGCUGACAGAUGGUAGAUUUCUACCAUCCCUUCCUUGGAGGCCCUGGGGAGCGGGCAGUGGUUUUGCCAGUGCUCUGGCUUGUGGCUCUUUAUUUUUUUGCCAUUUUUCAAUAGUGUAUUUCAGUCGCUUCCGAUGCGCCUCUGGCUGCAGUCUUCAGUCAGUGUUUUGGUAUCAUUCCCCUAGUUGCUACAGCAGCCCAGCACGCCCUGGCUUUUGAAAAUGUUCUUAAACUGGGAUAUAAGUGUGUGAAGGAAAGUUGCUCGUUCCACCUUCCCUGCAGGGUCGAGGGCCAUGCCGGCAUUGUUCCUCCGUCUCGCCAUCUCCUUGCCAAGGGGAGCUGAUGGUGUGCUUCUGAAUGCAGGUACUGAAUAGGAACAGUGGGAUCACAGGGAAAAGAAGCAAAAUAUCAACUUGACUGGGAGCAAUUUCUACAGUUGCCAGUUCUUUUAUGUUUGUUAUUCUUUAAUAAGAGGUGAGACCUGAGGAAGUCGGUAAUGAAUAUUUAAACAUACUCUGAAGUGGCCAGAUGCAGUUUUUCAUGAGCUUCUGUCCUGGUCAUUUUGAGUCUUUGAAAUCUUGUGUUGAAUUAUAAUGGGAGUAGGGGGGAGGGAAAGGAAAACCAGCUCCUUUUUGGUUCUUACCCUUGUUGGCUAUAAUGAAUGGAAGGAAUUUAAUCCAAUGAAAGUAAUGAAACUUAAUCCCUGCACUGUUGUCUUUGUUAACCAGUUCAAAGAACUAUUUUUAAUGCAUCUUAUUCACACCAGGCAGAUGAAUUUCUGCCAUUGCCACCCCCCAACUGGGGGUACUUCAAGUAGACUACUUCAGAAUGCACACUAAUGCAGCAGUAACUCUAUCUUGGAAGCUUCCAUUGAUUAUUUCAUUUGCCUGCCUGGAUAAAGGAUUGGGCUUUUACUGACCUGAACGUGAAGGCGAGAAAGGGUUCUCAUCUAGCCCUCUGGUUGCAUUUUUAUCAUGGCCGUUUGUUUCAGGAAGCCUUAAAAAAGUGCCUUACGUUUUUUAAGAUGUAUUUUGCUAAAAAUGUCCGAAUGCAGGAUAUCUCUAACAUUAUUUCAUUAUGAGCUGUAAAACAAACCAUAAACACUAAAACCAAAAAUGUUAUUUCUA